UGCGUUCGAAAACCGUUUAAUUUGUAUAGCCAUUAAUCAACAGAUAAAAAUACCAAAAAGCAUUUUUUAUUAGAACUAUUGUAAUAGUUCGGUGUGUUUAUUAUUAAAACAUAAACUUGUUCGUGUAAACUUCCAUCUAAUUUCACAAAUUGAUAGUUUAACAACUCAUCCCUCGUCAUGGAAGACGAUCUGAACAAACUGUCCAGCAACAUAAUCACUAAUUUAGAUAGAAUUAAUCGCAUUCUCAGCACUGGUCGUUUACAGUCCAAACUUUUGUCAGACCUGAAACUACCGGAUCGUCUUCUCGCGCUGGUCCAGCAAGAAUGGACACCGACCUCAGAUGUACGAACCGUAGAUCCGUCCAACCGCCUGUCCGUGGAGGACGUCGAUUUACUUUUCAACAAAAUUCGUCAACGCCCUGCCGGGGGAACAGCUUCCCGGGUAAACCGAAAUCUGACACAAAAGAAGACGGUUCCGUUGCAACAGUCACGAAUUCUGAACGAAACCAAUCUGGCCAACGGCCAGUCCGGGUCGCUGACCAAUUUGUGCGACAGUAGCAAACUAGCCAUGAAGAGUGUUGAUGUGGAGGCGUUGGUAAAAUCAUUGAAGCAAUCGGCAGAAGCUCUUGGACGAAUUGAAAAUCGCUGUCUGGAACAGAUAGAUUUUGAUCGGGUGGAGCGAUUCAAUAGAAGAGAGUGCGCCAAAAUUCGAGAUACUAUCCAAGACAUCGAAGUAAUGGUGCAGGAUUUGGAAAAGUUUGUGGCCUGCGAACAAAACACUGAUGGCGAAAGAAAGGAACUGCUGACUGAAAGAUUGGUUGGGCUGCUCAGAGAUUUGGCGGAGACUAUGUCGCAAGUGGUUUUUAUAAAAAACAAUGAGUACAUUCCGGACAUGAGUAAGUCGCUUGUUCUAGAUUCUUUUCCACUAGCCGAGUGCCUCGAUGACGUUAAUGAAAACAUACGUCGGAAUAAAUUGUAUCAAUGAAAUUUUUAAACUAGUUCUAAGGUUUCACCGUAUUGUAUAUGUAAAAGAAAUGGUAUUUGUAAUUUAAGAAA